UGUGUAAUCUGGGUGUAGUGGCACUAUGGGCCGGUAGAAGAAGACUCAACAUUAGUUAGCACUUGCAGUAUGCUAGCUGAAGAGCAACUGUUGUGUCAAGGAUUCAUGACCUACAUUAUAUACUCAAAGUGAGACCUCGCCAUGUCUCAGAUGGAGAAGAAGGCAGGUUUGCUGAGGAGGACAUCAUCCUCCAAGAAACCGCUGAAGGAAAAGGUGGUGUUGAUGUAUGAUGAGAUCUUUGCAAAAGACGACCCAGCUAAGAAUAACCCUCGCUUCUGGGAUGAGUUGUUUCUGAUGAAGGUGAACUUGGAGUACCUGGAGUCAAAGCUGGAGAGUGUGGAUGGCGAGGAGGUGCAACGGAUCCAGGACAACAUCAAUUCGCUCUUCCAUCACAGUGUUCAGGCUCUCGGAGAGGAACAUCAGAUCAAAGUGGUCAAUGCUCUGCAGACUCUCUGUGCACUUUUCAGAGGAGUUCAUCAAAAGAAUAAGUCGGCGUCUGGCUUUGACAUCAUUAAUAUGCUUGUGGGCUUUGACAAGGCCGAGCAAAGGAUGAAGGAUCUAAUGGAAAGACUGGACAGCCUUCUUUGUGGAGAUGGCUCAGAGAGUCUGAAGAGCCUUUGUCUCAAACUUCUGCUGUGUCUGGUGACGGUAACUGACAAUAUUAGUCAGAACACCAUCUUGGAAUAUGUGAUGAUCAAUAGCAUCUUUGAAGCCAUUCUGCAGAUUCUUUCUGAUGUGUCCAGCAGAGGGCAGCAUGGUUAUGACGCCGUCGUUCUUCUCGCCCUUUUGGUCAAUUACCGGAAGUAUGAGUCUGUAAAUCCAUAUAUUGUGAAGCUCUCCAUUGUGGAUGAUGAGCCAACAUUGGAUGGAAUGGGCCUUGUUGUCCACCACGCGCUAACAGAAUAUAACAGGCAGUACAAAGACAAAGAGGAAGAGCACCAGGGUGGCUUUUUCUCCACCCUCACAAGUAUGGUGGGCAGUAUGUUUAUUGCAGAUGCAGAUGAGAAGCUCUCCGUUCAGACCAAUGAAGCAAUUUUGCUGGCACUGUAUGAGGCCGUGCACCUCAACCGCAACUUCAUUACUGUAUUAGCACAGAGCCACCCUGAGAUUGACAUUGUAGCUACACCCACUAACCAAUCUCAGAACACACCAACAACGCCGCUUGGCACGACGCCACCCUCUCUAGACAUGAUGAACAACCCAGAGCUGCCACUGGAUCCCAACCUGCAGACAAGUAACCUUCUCAUCACUUUCCUCAAAUAUGCCUCUAUCGUCAUGCAGGACACAAAAGAUGAGCAUCGACUCAACAGUGCCAGACUGUGCCUAAUCAUCCUCACAUGUAUAGCCGAGGACCAGUACGCUGAUGCCUUCCUGCAUGACGAUAAUAUGAACUUCAGAGUCAGUCUGCAUCGAAUGCCCAUGAGGCAUAGAAAGAAAGCCGUGGAGAAGAACAUCCCUUCUCUGCCGCUGGUGUGUGCAGUUUUAGAUCUGAUGGUGGAAUUUAUUGUCACACACAUGAUGAAGGAUUUCCCCAUGGAUUUAUACUUGCGCUGUGUUCAGAUCAUUCACAAACUUCUCUGCUACCAGAAGAAGUGCAGAAUCAGGUUACACUACACUUGGAGAGAGCUAUGGUCAGCACUUAUCAACCUGCUCAAGUUUCUGCUGUCAAAUGAAACCGCAUUGCUGGCCAAGCACAACAUCUUUCAUCUUGCACUACUGGUGGUAAACCUGUUCAACAUGUUCAUCACAUAUGGCGACACAUUUCUUCCCACAUCUAACAGCUAUGAUGAGCUCUACUAUGAGAUUGUACGAAUGCACCAAGUGUUUGACAACCUCUACUGUAUGGUGUUGAGAGUGUCAACAAACACCGGCCAGUGGAAGGAGGCUGCGAGUAAAGUCACACAUGCUCUUGUUAAUGUUCGGGCAAUCAUCAACCAUUUUAACCCGAAGAUUGAGUCGUAUGCUGCUGUGAACCACAUCUCACAACUGUCAGAGGAGCAGGUGCUGGAGGUGGUGCGCUCCAACUACGACACCCUGACACUCAAACUGCAGGAUGGUUUGGACCAGUUUGAGAGAUACUCGGAGCAGCCCAAAGAAGCAGCUUUCUUUAAGGAGCUGGUGCGCUCCAUCAGCCUGAAUGUGAGGAAAAACGUGUCUUUGAACACCCUGAGUCAGGAUGUGCUUCUCAAAGAGUUCUCCACCAUCUCCUGAGAAGCUUUCCCAUCUCUAGGCAAUGUACGGGCGCACACGCUAACAUCAACUUUGAACCUGUCCUCUUCAUUCCUCUCGGACUAUUGAAACCUCUUUCACAGGACGGUGCACUUUCUCACGGGUGGCUCUGCCAUGUGUGUGGGUGCAAGCGCGGGUGUGGCUCCUUGACGAGCAAGCUGCAGUAUUGGCUGGACUGUUAACUGGCAUGAAUGUUUGGAUUCCAGAUAGUUUGAGCAAGUAUUUUUAAACCAGUGCUAGUGGCGCCCACCGUGAUUGGGUGUGUCUAAUUUAUUUCUCCACUUUGCGCUUCAUGUUCUGUAUGUGUUCAAUUACAUUUCAUGUAUUUUCACUUGCCAUGUUUUGCUGAUGGAAGACAAGUAAUGAAGUUGAUGCGCUGGGGUAACCAAAAGGAAGCCAUGACUAACUACUGUAUAUCUUGCCAGUCAUUUCUAACUAAAGUUUAAUGAAACUAAAUAUGGUGAGGGUUUUUUUCCCCUAAAUAGAUUUUUUUUUUCCACAUGGUUUCAUUUUUGCUUCAAGUCUGACAAAUAAAAAGUAUAUAGACACGUACCUGUUUCUCUCACUUAUUCACUGUCUGUAAUUUAUCAUAUGUUGUUCUUUCAAUUUUCUUUGCUCAACGUUUGUAUUUGUGCCUGUUUAUUGUGGAAAUAGACCAGGCUGUCUGCUCAGGUGGACACAUUUUGUAAAAUGUUCGUGUUUAUCCAAAUGAUGCAAAGUCAACAAGUUUUAACUUCAUUUUCUGUGCUCUGUUCAAUGAUAGAUUUUACGACUUUAUUUUUGCCCUUUCAGGCACA